AUGAAGCGUUUCUAUUCCAGCUCUGUCUCUGAAGAUCUGGGUUGCAGACGUGGAGAGUUUAGCAGAAAGCAUUACGGAUCUGUGGAGCUUCUUAUAUCUAGUGAUGCUGAUGGAGCCAUUCAAAGAGCUGGACGUUUCCGCGUGGAAAACGGCUCCUCUGGUGAGAGUACAGACUACACUCCGGGUACAUGGCACAGAACAGACGUGCAUUUGGAAAACCCAGAGUAUCAUACAAGAUGGUAUUUCAAAUAUUUUUUAGGGAAAGUUCAUCAGAAUUAUGUAGGUACAGAUGCAGAGAAGAACCCUUUCUUUCUGUCUGUUGUACUGUCUGACCAAAAUAAUCAGCGUGUUCCUCAAUACCAUUCAAUACUUUGGAGAAAAACAGGUACUCAGAAAAUAUGUCUCCCUUAUAGUCCCACAAAAACAUUAUCAGUGAAAUCUAUAUUAAGUGCUAUGAGUCUUGACAAAUUUGAAAAGAGCCCAAGGGAAAUUCUUCAUCCUGAGAUACAAAAGGAUUUAUUGGUUCUUGAAGAGCAAGAGGGAUCUGUGAAUUUUAAAUUUGGAGUUCUUUAUGCUAAGGAUGGGCAGCUUACAGAUGACGAAAUGUUCAGCAAUGAAACCGGAAGUGAAAGCUUUCAAAGAUUCUUGCGUCUCUUGGGUGACACUGUUACUUUGAAAGGCUGGACAGGCUACAGAGGAGGACUGGACACUAAAAAUGAUACAACAGGAACCUCUUCCAUCUAUACAGUUUUUCAAGGGCAUGAAAUUAUGUUCCAUGUUUCAACCAUGCUGCCGUAUUCUAGAGAGAACAAGCAGCAGGUAGAAAGGAAGCGACAUAUUGGAAAUGACAUUGUCACUAUCGUAUUUCAGGAAGGUGAAGAGUCUUCUCCAGCAUUCAAGCCAUCCAUGAUUCGCUCUCAUUUUACACAUAUUUUUGCCCUAGUGAGAUAUAAUAAGCAGAAUGAUAGUUACAGGCUGAAAAUAUUUUCAGAAGAAAGUGUUCCUCUCUUUGGGCCUCCCCUUCCAUCCCCACCUGUGUUUACAAAUCACCAGGAAUUCAGGGAUUUUGUGUUAGUGAAAUUAAUAAAUGGGGAAAAAGCCACAUUGGAAACCCCAACAUUUUCUCAGAAACGUCAACGCACUCUAGACAUGCUGAUCCGCUCUUUAUACCAAGACCUAGUGCCUGAUCUACACAAGAACAUGCUCAAUAGAAGGUCAUUCAGUGAUGUGUUACCAGAGUCCCCAAAAUCCACACGGAAAAAAGAGGAAGCUCGGCAAGCAGAGUUUGUCCGACUUGGUCAGGCAUUGAAAUUGAAAACCACUGUGAAAGGGGAUGCCACAGCUAACUUGGCAACCACAAGCUUUUGUAAAAAGGAGCCUUGGGAAUCUCAGUCUUUCUGCAGUAAUUUUCCUCAUGAGGUUGUCUGUGCAGAUUCUUGGGGCCAGUCCUUGCUGGUUUCUACAGAUGCUGGCAUCUUGUUAAUAGAUGAUGGUCAACCAUCAGUGCAAGUAUUUGAUAAAACUCUCCAAAUAAAACAGAUGCAUGUGUUGGAAGCUCUGGAUCUCUUCAUUGCCCGAACAGACAAAG